UGGAGUUUCAUGGAGUAAUGAGAUUCUACUUUCAAGACAAAGCGGCUGGGAAUUUUGCAACAAAAUGUAUCCGUGUCUCUAGCACCGCCACGACUCAAGAUGUGAUAGAAACUCUUGCCGAGAAGUUUCGACCGGACAUGCGGAUGUUGUCGUCCCCUAAGUACUCGCUUUACGAGGUGCACGUCAGCGGAGAAGAAAGAAGAUUAGAUGUAGAUGAGAAGCCUCUUGUUGUACAAUUAAACUGGAACAAAGAUGAUCGAGAGGGAAGAUUUGUUCUCAAGAAUGAAAAUGAUACCCUGCCCCCAAAGAAGGCUCAAAGUAAUGGCCCUGAAAAACAAGAAAAAGAAGGAGUAAUUCAGAACUUCAAGCGAACUCUCUCAAAAAAAGAGAAGAAAGAAAAAAAGAGGCGUGAAAAAGAGGCGUUGCGACAAGCAUCAGAUAAAGACGAUAGACUUCUUCAUGGGGAUGAUAUUGAGAAUUCUCGCCUUGCAGCUGAGGUUUACAAAGAUAUGCCCGAGACCAGCUUCACCCGCACAAUAUCCAACCCCGAGGUGGUUAUGAAGCGGCGGCGACAGCAAAAGCUGGAGAAGAGAAUGCAGGAAUUUCGCAGUUCUGAUGGCAGACCAGACUCAGGUGGGACACUGAGAAUUUACGCAGACAGUUUAAAACCAAAUAUACCGUACAAGACAAUCCUGCUGUCCACUACGGAUACUGCGGACUUUGCAGUUAUUGAAGCACUGGAAAAAUAUGGUCUGGAGAAGGAAAAUCCCAAGGAUUAUUGUAUUGCUCGUGUCGUGUUGCCUCCUGGUGCUCAGCACUCUGACGAUAAAGGUGCUAAAGAGACCGUUCUUGAUGACGAGGAGUGUCCGCUGCAGAUAUUCAGGGAGUGGCCUAGUGAUAAAGGAAUACUAGUCUUUCAGUUGAAAAGGCGGCCUCCGGAUUACGUCUCAAAGAAAUCCAAGAAAAUAACGGAUGGAAAGCCAUUAAAGGGGAAGGAAAGAGUUGACGGGUCUGGCUAUGGCUCUUGCCUUCCUCCUGAGAAGCUACCCUACCUGGUAGAACUAAGCCCAGGGAGAAGGAAUCACUUUGCCUACUACAACUAUCACGCUUACGAAGAUGGUUCUGACUCCAGAGACAAGCCAAAGCUCUAUCGUCUACAGUUAAGUGUCACUGAAGUUGGAACUGAAAAAUUUGAUGACAAUUCCAUUCAGUUAUUUGGUCCAGGAAUUCAGCCUCAUCACUGUGACCUCACCAAUAUGGACGGAGUUGUGACUGUAACCCCGAGAAGCAUUGAUGCCGAAACCUACGUGGAAGGUCAGCGUAUCUCCGAAACCACCAUGCUGCAGAGCGGAAUGAAGGUUCAGUUUGGGUCAUCUCAUGUAUUUAAGUUUGUGGAUCCCACUCAAGACCAUAUUAUUCCAAAAAGACCAGUUGAUGCGAGUCUAAUGGUCAAAGGUCCAAGGCACAAAACUGGAGCUGUUCAGGAAACCACAUUUGAUCUGGAGGGAGAUGUUCACAGUGGAACAGCGUUACCAGCAAGCAAGAGCACCAGCAGGCUGGAUGGGGACAGGACGUCGUCGGCAUCCAGCACAGCCGAACGAGGGAUGGUGAAGCCGAUGAUUAGAAUAGAGCAGCAGCAGGAUUACCGCAGACAGGAGAGCAGAUCUCAGGAUACUCAUGGACCAGAACUGAUACUACCUGCCAGUAUUGAAUUCAGGGAAAGCUCUGAAGACGCCUUCUUGUCUGCCAUUAUAAAUUACACAAACAGCUCGACAGUGCAUUUUAAGCUGUCGCCCACGUACGUGCUGUAUAUGACGUGUCGGUAUGUAUUGUCAAGCCAGUACAGACCUGACAUCACUCCUGCCGAGCGCACUCACAAAGUCAUUGCAAUAGUCAACAAGAUGGUGAACAUGAUGGAAGGAGUUAUACAGAAACAGAAGAAUAUUGCUGGGGCGCUUGCCUUUUGGAUGGCAAAUGCAUCUGAAUUACUGAAUUUCAUAAAGCAGGAUCGAGAUCUGAGCCGAAUUACCGUGGAUGCGCAAGAUGUUUUGGCACACUUGGUUCAGAUGGCGUUCAAGUACCUGGUUCAUUGUCUGCAGUCAGAGCUUAAUAACUACAUGCCAGCGUUCCUUGAUGAUCCAGAGGAAAAUAAUCCUCAGAGGCCCAAAAUAGAUGACGUGCUGCACACGUUGACCGGAGCCAUGUCCCUCUUGAGACGAUGCAGAGUGAACGCUGCUCUGACCAUACAGCUCUUCUCCCAGCUGUUUCAUUUUAUCAACAUGUGGCUUUUUAACAGACUAGUUACGGCCCCGGAUUCGGGGUUGUGUUCACACUACUGGGGAGCUAUUGUUCGUCAGCAGCUGGGCCAUAUUGAAGCCUGGGCAGAAAAACAGGGUUUAGAAUUGGCUGCCGAUUGCCACCUGAGCAGAAUAGUGCAGGCAACCACAUUGCUCACCAUGGACAAAUACUCGCAUGCAGAUGUUCCAAAUAUUAACAGUACUUGCUUUAAGCUGAAUUCUCUGCAGCUGCAAGCUUUGUUGCAGAAUUAUCACUGUGCUCCAGAUGAACCACUCAUCCCAACAGAAUUGAUAGAGAAUGUAGUCACUGUUGCAGAAAAUACGGCUGAUGAACUUGCUCGCAGCGAUGGCCGAGAAGUCCAGCUGGAAGAGGAUCCCGACUUACAGCUACCUUUUCUUUUACCAGAAGAUGGCUAUUCCUGCGAUGUUGUCAGAAAUGUGCCAAGUGGUUUACAAGAGUUUUUAGAUCCACUCUGUCAGAGAGGUUUUUGCAGACUAACACCUCACCCACGGUCACCAGGCACGUGGACAAUAUACUUUGAAGGUGCAGACUACGAAAGUCACCUGUCCCAUGAGAACGCUGAGCUAGCUCAGCCUUUGAGGAAAGAACCUGAAAUUAUCACGGUAACACUGAAAAAACAAAACGGAAUGGGCCUGAGCAUUGUUGCUGCCAAGGGUGCUGGUCAAGACAAACUUGGGAUCUACGUCAAGUCCGUUGUGAAGGGCGGCGCCGCGGAUGUGGAUGGUCGUCUGGCUGCAGGGGAUCAGCUGCUCAGUGUGGAUGGUCGGAGCUUGGUGGGCCUGUCCCAGGAGAGGGCAGCAGAACUUAUGACUAGGACAGGUUCCGUAGUAACACUAGAAGUAGCAAAACAAGGAGCAAUUUACCAUGGUCUGGCAACCCUGCUUAAUCAGCCAUCCCCAAUGAUGCAAAGAGUUUCUGACCGCCGUGGCUCAGGUAAACCCCGACCAAAGAGUGAAGGCUUCGAGCUGUAUAACAACUCCACUCAGAACGGGUCCCCCGAGAGCCCGCAGCUGCCGUGGACGGAGUACAGCGAACCCAAGAAGCUGCCGGGGGAUGAGAGGCUAAUGAAGAACAGAGCCGAUCAUCGCUCCAGCCCCAACGUAGCAAAUCAGCCUCCAAGCCCGGGGGGAAAGAAUGCUUAUGCAUCUGGAACUACCACCAAAAUAACCUCAGUCUCUACUGGAAAUCUCUGUACAGAGGAAGAGACUCUGCCUCCACGACCUGAAGCUUACCCCAUCCCGACACAGACCUACACUAGAGAAUAUUUCACGUUCCCAGCUUCAAAGUCCCAGGAUCGAAUGGGUCCGGCUCAGAGCCAGUGGCCAAAUUAUGAAGAAAAACCGCAGGUCCCGGCAGAAAGUAAUCAUUCGCUCAAUACUACGAUGCAGCGUGUGGCUCGUUCCCAGGAAGAGCUCCGCGAUAAAGCUUUCCAGCCAGAGAGGAAUCGUUUGGAAGUCGUCAUACGGAAGGACGCGGAGUACAUCGAUCGGAAGUCGGACAGCGACCAGUGGAUGAACUCGUCUGUGGAUUCCAGCACGUCCAGCCAGGAGCACCUGAACCAUUCGUCCAAACCGGUCUCGCCUGGUUCUUGUUUAGCUAAAAGUGGACCUGGCCGUUGGAAAACCCCAGCUGCUAGCCAGCCAACUCCAGUGGCCAUUUCCCAGCCCAUCAGGACAGAGCUUCCCCCUCCGCCGCCGCCUCCUCCGGUGCAUUAUGCAGCUGAGUUCGAUGAGCUGCAGAUGGAUCUGCCUCUGCCUCCCCCUCCUCCUCCGAGUCAGGUAGGAGCACAAGCGUCCUCCCAGGUGGCUGCUGCGGAGCGUAAGAAAAGAGAAGAGCAUCAGAGGUGGUAUGAAAAGGAGAAGGCACGUCUGGAAGAAGAACGAGAGAGGAAACGUCGCGAGCAAGAGAGAAAGCUGGGCCAGAUGCGUUCUCAGCCGCUAAUUCCCGCUCAGCCCGUGGUUCCUCCUGUUUCCCUUCAACAAGUGAAAUCGGAAAAGCCUUCAACUUUGCAGAGGCCUCAAGAAACGGUCAUUCGAGAGCUGCAGCCGCAGCAGCAGCCUCGGACUAUUGAGCGGAGGGAUCUGCAGUACAUCACGAUCAGCAAGGAAGAGCUGUCCUCUAGCGACAGCCUCUCCCCGGACCCCUGGAAGCGGGACGCCAAGGAGAAGCUGGAGAAGCAGCAGCAGAUGCACAUCGUGGACAUGCUGAGUAAAGAGAUUCAGGAGCUUCAGAACAAGCCCGAUCGUACGGCGGAAGAAAAUGACCGCCUGCGCAAACUCAUGCUGGAGUGGCAGUUCCAAAAGCGGCUGCAAGAAUCGAAGCAGAAGGAUGAAGAUGAUGAUGAAGAGGAGGACGAUGACGUGGAUACGAUGCUCAUCAUGCAGCGACUGGAGGCAGAACGGAGAGCGAGGCUUGGACCUGAGCACAGACACUGGAUGCGUGCGGUUCCCAGGGACCAGCGAGCUGAACGGAGGUUCCACUGCGGUGGUCUCCUCCAAGCAGUGAGUAAAGAGAUUCAGGAGCUUCAGAACAAGCCCGAUCGUACGGCGGAAGAAAAUGACCGCCUGCGCAAACUCAUGCUGGAGUGGCAGUUCCAAAAGCGGCUGCAAGAAUCGAAGCAGAAGGAUGAAGAUGAUGAUGAAGAGGAGGACGAUGACGUGGAUACGAUGCUCAUCAUGCAGCGACUGGAGGCAGAACGGAGAGCGAGGACAUUCCCCUUGGAUAAAGGGAUUGUGCCAUGUCGCUGGAGUGGGAUUAGUAGGUUAAAUAUGGCGGGAGUUUGCUUGUGGGAAGUAUAUCUGCCUCUAAGUGUUCUUAUUUACAGCUUGGACCUGAGCACAGACACUGGAUGCGUGCGGUUCCCAGGGACCAGCGAGCUGAACGGAGGUUCCACUGCGGUUGUCUCCUCCAAGCAGUGGCUGGGGCGUAAGGCGGCCGCUACCCCUGCCUCUGCCACCCCUCGCAGCGCCGAGCCGCGGGGUUUGGCUGCGCCCUGCCAAGGGCUCCAGCUCGUACGGACCUGGAUUUUGCGUGGUGUCCAGUUUGAUCAGUGUCCCAGUCCCACCAGGUUUGCUUACCUUGGCUUCAGCGCUGUCAAAGCUCGUAAUACAGCGAAGAAGAGAACGCAGCUGACCAGCGCGAGGCGGCAGGAAGAGGAGUAUUACAGUCGCUUAGAGGCGGAAAGGCGCCGGCAGCACGACGAAGCAGAGCGAAGAUUGCUGGAACCUGACGAGCCUGGUCUGUACAGACCUCCGCUUCCACGGGAAUAUGAACUCCCAUCCCCAACCCCUUCAUCUAACGCUCCUCCUCCCCCACCUCAGCGAAACACCUCUUACCUCAAAACACAGGUCCUCUCCCCUGACACGAUUUAUACUGCCAAGUUUGUUGCAUACAAUGAUGAUGAUGAGGAGGAGGAGGAUUCCAAUCUAGCAGGAAUAAACUCAUACACUGGAUCUACAGGAGCAGCCGUUGGGGCCCAUGACGUUUAUCGGGAUCCAAGAGACAAAAGAUCUAAAAGUCAAGAUACAGAUUUACCUGGAGCACCAGAAAACUUGACGUUCAGGGAACGCCAGCGACUGUUUUCACAGGGUCAGGAUGUGUCCAAUAAAGUAAAAGCUUCUAGGAAAUUAAUGGAACUGGAAAAUGAGUUGAACACAAAAUAAGCUUGAAGCACCUUAUCAGACGUAACCGAAGAUCUCGAAAUUGAGGGAUUGAGAUGGGGGGCACGCUACUAAUGAACAGGAAAUGAAUGUUUUCUGAAAGGAGUGACUUUGAUUCCUCUAUAUCUAAGACUGUUAAUUAAGAUUUAGAGAUGUUGCAAUAGCAAGAAAACUGAUUACUUUGCCAGGAGCUUGUGGUUUUUACAAUGAAAGCACUGUAAAAUUUUAAAGAUAUGAAUCACGUGAAGGUAACUUUUUUUUUUUUUCCUUUCUGUUUUGGGGGUUAAGUUCUUGCGCACCAGACCAAGUAGCACUUGUCAAAGAUAAGUUCUGUUUCCUGGUGUUUUACAGACACACUUUUGUUUUAGCUGCUGAGCAGAGAGAGUGAGAAUAGCUUGAACUGCCUAAACUAAACUGUGCACUAGAAAUUAGCAUUUUAGGUUGUUUGAUAAGAAGCCAGUAUCUGGG